CCAGUCUAAUUUUCACGGCGUCAAUUAUUUUUGUUACACAGGUAACUCUUCUGUAGGCUACAACGGAAAAUGGCCUUGCGAAUGUUUUGAGCUUUAGCUAAAAUAGCAAACUUGAACCUAGAGCAACGACGGAUAACACUAGCGCACUAUAUAUACACAAAGCAAGAUGGUGUUGGAACGCCAAAACCCUGCCUCAGGCAAACUUAAACCUCGGAUUUCAAAUAAGGAGCGUUUUCACUGCGUCAAUCCAGAGAUUAACCUCUCAUUGUACCCAGCAUUAAAGAACUGGCUUCCGUGCAAUCAUGAAUAUCACAUCUGUGACUACAAGACCAUAAGGCAGACUCAAGACCAUGUCGAUUUCUCUGCCACCAUGAGAAUGUCUAUAUCUACUAUUGAAGAAGUACAACAGUGGGUAAAGGACUCAACCAUCACCUGGAGGAUUGAUCGAACCAGACCACCUAAGGGACAGAGAGUUAUUUUUAAGGUGGACUACAGAUGCCACCACAACACAAAACCAAGAAACACCAUGGAACCAUCUGGGAGACGGACCAAAAACACAAACUGCCCUGCGAAAAUGAGCAUAACACUCCAUCGUCCACAGGGCAGCAAUGGAAGGCAGUGUCGGAGUACAGAUCCUCACAUGCCAGGUUUCCCAACGCUUGUGCACAUCACCAAUGAGCACAAUCAUAACUUGCAUGUACCAGAUGCAUUGAGAUACAAGGAUGUUGGACCAGAAGCCAUACUGAAGUUAAAGAAGCUUUUUGAAGUAGGCCAUACGCCAUCUACAGCCCUGGAUGUUUUAAAAUAUGACCUCCAGCUAGAGCUUGGAGAGGAUUACGCAUAUGCAUCAGCAGACAGAUCCAUCUGCCCUGACAUUCAGUUCUGCUACAGACUGUACCACCAGGUUUCUAAGUCUAUGAGAGAAGCCAGUCCAUCUUCCUCAAUUCUCCCCAGCCAAGACACAAGCCCGACCUGGGUGGCAGCUGAUCCGACAGGACAGACAUGCAUCAUGGAGCACGAGAUUGUCACCACAGAAAUUUCAGAGGUGGACAAUCCCACUGACAAGCUGAAAUCCUGCUUGUCUGAACUGUGUGACUACAUUGAGAAACAGCCAAGUGUGUGGUCUGCAACACAGGACUUUAUCAACGGGAUCGAACGGCUCCAUCACAACCCUGCGAAGCUAGCAUCAGCCAUGCAUGCAUUUGGCCGUUACAGCUGUCUCUUAAUGAAGAAAAGGGCUAAAACUAUGCGUAGGGGUUUUCAGUGUGCUGGACUUGCCAUCGCUACCCAGCCUACAGCAAUGAGGAGAAAGCAGAAGCCUGGAGGGAGGCGACGGCUGACUGUGGGAAGACAGGGCAACGCGACAUCUGGGCUGGACCAUGAGUACAGUCAGCCAGAAAAAAGACAGCGAUGUUCUGGCUCUCAUGGCUAUUCACACGGCAUGUCAAAAACCAAAUAACUAAAUUUGCUUUAAAACUUAGUUUUAGUAUAGCGGUUGUUGCCCAUCCUCCAUUUGCCUGAGAUUUGCCGGAGGUAGACAUGAGCUUAAUUACUAUUUGAUAUGGGUGUAUUUUUUUUUUUCUUUCCCCAAUAUAUAUAUAUAAUUUUUUACAGACAUUAUAAAAUUGGCUUGCUUUCUGAUUCAUAUUUCACACCUCAACCUCUGAUUAUGCCCACAAUAUUCCUAAAUCUGCACUUAUAUUUUUGUAGAUAUCUUUUUUGAGAUGUAGCAGAAUGGCACGACUCUCACUGUCUGCUCUAACAUCUGAAUUCCCAUAUGAGUCAUUCUAUACCUCUGGCAUGUAUAAAUAUACAUAUUGAAAUUUCUUUUUGCUUUAUAUAAGAACAUACAGGUUACUGCUGUUUCAGUGAAAUGAGCUGCAGUUCCCUGCCAUCAUCUCCAACUAUAAAACUUUACAAGUUUCACCUUUUUUCACAGUAUGAUAGACUGAAGCUAAAACGUGUAGAGAAACAAAUGAAAGCUUUAGAAAAUGGUGUGUGUACAUGAAUGUAUACUGUACUGUAUGCUGUAAAGGUAUUCAGUAAGAGGAAGGAAUCUUUGUUAAAUGCAUCACUGCUCUUGAAAACUGAGUUAGUAGGAACAAAUGAGUUUGUGUUGAAAAUGUGUAUCUGGCAGUGUUCUUAAAUAAGUACAUUACAAAAAUGCUGUUGUGAAAAAGAGGUAACGUUUUGUUAAAUGAGCAGUUGAAAUUUUAUUUAAUUUUAUUUAUUUUAUUUUUUUUUAAAUUUAGUUAUUGUAUUUUCUGAAGAAGUUUGAAUUGAAUUCUCCACACUCCUGCUCAUGAUGUUCUUCUUUUGCUGCAAAACAUGAUUCAUCUUCAAAGGUUUAUCCCUUGCCUGGACCCUUGGUUAUCUAUGCUAAAUUAUACAAUCUUGUGUAUAAUGAAUUUUGUUUGUUUUA